GGAGUUUCCAGCAAUCCUCUACGUAAAUAAUACCAUCUCGAUAACUAAAUUAAUAAUUUUGAAUGGUAUUUCAUAAUGGCUGGAAGAGAUCGGCAAUACGAAACACCAGAAGAUGUUUUCCAGAAGAUCCUGUGCUGGAUUCAGGACGAAAAUCCUGACUCGAAAAAACUGGUUGAAAAUGCCGUCAGUCACAUCGAUUCAGAGGUGGGAUGGGCACUUAAACCGUUGGAGAGAACUUGCGUAGAAUUGCAAUACGUCAACGCCCUCUUGACGAUGUGGGUAAGGAGCAGUUCAGAAAAGGCGUUUAUCCACUUGGAGAAUGAAACGUUCGACAUCAACACAACUAUGUCGACUGUCUUGGACGAACUGGAUUCCAUCAAUUCGUUCGAAGAUAUUAGUACCAAACUAAAUGCAGAGGAAUCACAGCUUCGGACUUGGUUUGGUGGACGCUGUCGAUAUUUCCAGUUGAUUCUCCAACAAGAAGAACUGUUCAAAAACACGCCCCGUUUCGCCCUUCUCUUGAACCAAAAUUUCCACAAACUGAAGAGUUGUUUUAUCGAUAAGAUCUUUUCUCGAUGCAGGAAUGACAUCCUCAACGACGUUGAUGGUGCUGUACUUGUAAAAUUCAUUUCGCAUCUGACUGACUUUUUGACAAAAGCCAAUGAAGACGAAAAAUUACAACACGUUCUGGAGGCUCAUGUACUAGAAAGCAAUAUAAAGAUAAAUAGCAGAGAGACAGAUUGGCAACAAUGGAUUAACAUCCUGGUUGGAAAAAUCUUGAAAACAUUCCCGCCGGCAGAAAGCGAUAACGAGAUAAGUGCAGUUCCCGAAUGGAUACAGCGUUUCAAGUUGGCUGCGUCGCCAAUAAACAAGUGGACACCAAAACUGAAUUUACUUAUCAGAGAGAUACACAAAAAACUCUUGCUGCCAGAAACCACAAUCAAAAUGAGAACAGAACACGGAAGGAAAACUAUUUCCAUUAAUGGCGUUUCUAUUUUUGUUAGUAAACUUAUGGGGAAAAUGAGGGAAUUAAAAGCCAGUAAUGAAGACGUACAGGAAAUACAAAUUGCUGGAUAUUCUUCCGUUCACAUCGAUUGCGAUUUGGACAAUGACAUCUGGCAUGGAAUCAAUAUAGGUCUCGUUACUGAUAAACUUAUCGUGUGCGCCAAUGAGGACCAGAAAAUAGUAUGGGAUGUAUCAGGAAAACAUGCUACCACCAAAUCAAGACAAAAUGAAUUAAACUCAGGCGAAAGCGGUGGUAAUGUUCUUAUUAAGUGCAACCAAGUUAUCGGAGCUGAGCAAUGGACGAUCGCAUCCAAUGGAGGGAACGGAAGUUCUGGUCUCAAGUGGUCGGUGGAAGAACUUCAAGAAAUUUUUAGUCCCAUACUUCCACUUGAUGCGAAUGAAAAUACAAAAAUAGAGGGUAAGCAAGUUUUCAAGCCACCGGCAAUAAAAGAUCUCUGUAAGAGUCUAGAGGAUAGACUGUUUGAAGACUAUGACUACAUGCGCACAAGUCACGUACAAAUAAAAGGAGACGGAUCAAACGAACCUACUGCAAGGUCAGGCACGCUUGGAGAUGGCAGCGAAAUCCAAUUUUCGUUGUAUGAAAGCAAAACAGGAAUACGGCACACGCUCAUACUCUGUCAAGGUAACCAUUUUGGACAAGGUGGCUAUGGCGGGGACAUAAUCUUGGAAUUGUCUGAUAAAGGACGUGGCAUCCCUUCUGUUGGCAUGGAAGUGUAUCAAGCAAUGGGCGCAGGUGGUGUUGUUUAUAAGGCGUCUGUUUCAGACGGCAAAACGGGGCAAGCAAAUGGCGAUGUAGGUUUCAUCUACAAUGGGGACAAGGCUCAGCAAGGAAAUUACAUAGGAUUUGAAAACGACCAAAAACUAGAAAUCCAAUACUACUCCAAGAAAGAAGAAUUACAAAAGAUAAGGUUGCUUUAUACGUAA